ACUCAGCAUCAAGCACAUCUGAGUCUUCCCACAGCCAGAGGGCCCUGUGACCUCUGUGAUGGUCCCACGGGGCAGGCCUCCUCUCAGAAGUUUAUCCAGAGCAGGCAACGACGUGGAGAAACACGACUGUUGCUUCCACAGCUCCAGAGCCGUCGUGACUGGCGGUGCAACGGCUUUGCUCACUGACCGCAGCAGCACUGAGGCCUUGUGGUAGCUCAGCCCUGCAACAUACAUCACUUCAACAGCAGACAGAGACAACAGGUAACAUGGGGAAGAAUAAACAAAAGGGGAAAAAGCAGAAGAACGUCUUUCAAGUCGCAAACAAGCACUUGAAGCCCAAGAACAAAGCGAAACCUGUCACGACAACGCUCAAGCAUAUCAAUGCAGUGAAAAAUGAGAAGGUGGAGAACCUCAAUCAAAUCUUCACAGAAGUCCAGAGGGAUGUUAGGAGCAUUUCAAAGUCUGUAGCUCCUGAACCAAAGAAACAAACGCAGGUUGUCAGAGAGCCACCAAAGGAAUCUGUAAACGUUGACAAUGCGGCUCAGCUCUUCUCUCAGCUAUAAUGGACCACGACAGCGGGACUGUCAUAAAGUCUAA